AGGAUUCCAGUUCCUGCCCAUUUCUCCGAAACGAAAGAACGCUUCCACAAAACACCCCUCCAAAAAAAGAAAAUUGUCGCCGGAAAAUGUUAUUCUCUCCGCCGGCGCCGUUUCUCGUUCUGCUCUGUUUUCAGUCAAUCUCACAAAUGCAUUAAGUCCAGAAAGGAAACCAAGAGAUUCAUAUAGUAGGAAAAGGUAGAACGAAGAGUUGGAAAGUGAAGAGAGUUCAAAUAUGCACGAAACAGUGUUAAAUGAGCAGAACAACGUCGUUUCUAACACCAAGAAGAAGAAAUCUGACGACGAGAAAGACCACCUCGUGGUUGCUAAUACUACCCCUAUGUCUUACAAUCAUCGGAGCCGGCGCGUGACUCCUACCGCGACUGCUACCGCCAUGGUUGCGGAUGCUGCCAUCGAGAAAGUUCUACCUAACGGCGAUAUUUACACUGGUAGCUUCUCCGGCAACGCGCCUCAUGGAUCGGGAAAGUACCUUUGGAACGAUGGGUGCAUGUAUGAAGGCGAGUGGUGGCGCGGGAAAGCUUCGGGGAAAGGGAAGUUCUCGUGGUCGUCGGGAGCCACUUAUGAAGGGGAUUUCAAGUCGGGUCGGAUGGAAGGAAUCGGGACGUUUAUCGGAUCCGACGAUGACACAUAUAUUGGGUCAUGGAUCUCCAAUCGGAAACAUGGGUACGGCCUUAAACGUUAUGCCAAUGGAGAUUUCUAUGAAGGGUCGUGGAAGAAAGACCUACAAGACGGGUACGGGCGUUAUGUUUGGAGUAACGGGGUCGAGUACACCGGGGAAUGGGAAAACGGCGUUAUGUCCGGUUGUGGAACCUUGACUUGGGCGAACAAAAACCGGUACGAAGGGCAAUGGGUAAACGGAGUCCCCAAAGGGCACGGAGUUUUGUAUUGGCCAGACGGAAGCUGUUGUACCGGAGCUCGGAACGAAGACAACAUGAAGAAAGUUCAGCAGUUGAACGGCGUACUUAAUAACGGGAAUGACGGGAAAGAGCAUUGUGAUGGAAGGGGAAGCUUAGGGGAAAGAAACAUAAAUUUCCCAAGGAUUUGCAUAUGGGAAAGUGAUGGUGAAGAAGGAGAUAUUACUUGUGAUAUAAUCGAUAAUGUUGAAGCCUCGAUGAUUUACAGAGAUGGCUUUAGGGGAUUUAGAAGAAAUCCUUGUUGUUUUAGUGGGGAAAUCAAGAAACCAGGGCAACUGAUUUCUAAAGGCCAUAAGAAUUAUGACUUAAUGCUUAAUUUGCAAUUGGGUAUCAGGUAUUCUGUUGGGAGACAUGCUUCGUUGUUGCGGGAUUUGAAGCCCACGGAUUUCGAUCCAAAAGAAAAGUUCUGGACGAGGUUUCCAACUGAAGGAUCGAAGCUUACACCACCCCAUCAAUCCGUCGAGUUCCGAUGGAAGGAUUAUUGUCCAGUGGUGUUUCGACAUUUGAGGGAGCUAUUCCAAGUCAAUCCAGCUGAUUACAUGCUAGCUAUUUGCGGCAAUGAUGCCCUUAGAGUGCUUUCUUCUCCGGGGAAGAGUGGAAGCUUCUUUUACCUUACGCAAGAUGACAGAUUCAUGAUAAAAACAGUAAAGAAAUCUGAAGUCAAGGUUCUUAUAAGGAUGCUUCCGAGUUAUUACCAACAUGUUUGUCGGUAUGAAAACUCCCUUGUGACAAAAUUUUACGGUGUGCACUGUGUCAAACCUGUUGGUGGCCAUAAGACCCGGUUCAUUGUGAUGAGUAACUUGUUCUGCUCUGAGUACCGAAUCCAUAGACGGUUUGACCUUAAAGGAUCAUCCUAUGGCCGCUCAACUGAUAAGCCAGAAGAGGAAAUUGAUGAAACAACAACCCUUAAAGACUUGGAUCUCAAUUUUGUGUUUCGCCUCCAAAGAAAUUGGUUUGAGGAACUUAUGAAGCAAAUUGACAGAGAUUGUGAGUUCUUGGAGGCUGAGAGGAUUAUGGAUUACAGCCUUUUGGUUGGACUUCACUUUCGUGAUGAUAAUAGAGGUGAUAAAAUGGGAUUAUCACCGUUUCUCUUGCGCAAUGGCAAUAAGGAUUCGUAUCAAAAUGAAAAGUUUAUGCGGGGCUGUAGAUUCCUUGAAGCAGAGCUACAAGACAUGGAUCGAGUUUUAGCUGGCAGGAAACCAUUGAUUAGAUUAGGAGCAAACAUGCCGGCAAGAGCGGAACGAAUGGUGAGAAGAAGUGAUUUUGAUCAGUACACACAUGAUGGAGCCAGUCACUUUUCACGUAGUGGUGAAGCUUACGAAGUAGUCUUGUACUUCGGCAUCAUCGAUAUCUUACAAGACUACGAUAUCAGCAAGAAGUUAGAGCACGCGUACAAAUCCCUACAAGCAGAUCCUACUUCAAUAUCUGCAGUUGGUCCAAAACACUAUUCAAAGAGGUUUAGGGAUUUCAUCGGAAGAAUUUUCGUUGAAGGCAGAUAGAGAGGAACAUCAUGAGAAGGCAAACUGAACUUGAAAUAUCCGAAAUGUCACUUUGGAUGUCGAUCGCACCAUCGAAGAGUGCCAGCAGUAUCUCCCGAUCGAAAGACACUUGAAGAAGCCAUCCAGUGAUGGGUGAAUUUUGAUGAGCGGGAAAGUGUUGGGUAAAUUUGAAUGAUCAUCCCAUAUCAGCAUAAUCAUGAUGAAGAGAAUGAAGGGGGCGCCUUAUACAUUGAAAGGAGGUUGGGAAAUUAGGGUUGACAUUUUGUGAAUUGUGCAGGGUAGGAAUCAGAAACUGUACAGCUUAUCAUUAUAGAAUAGGAUGGGAAUAAGUUCACC